AUCAAUCAUCAUUUAUGAUUGCUCCACUUGAUCCAAACAUUAAGCUUUCAUUGUACGACCCAGAAAAACAACAUAAGGCUCAACAAUAUAUAGAAAAUCUUUAUUCAAAAUAUAUUACCUCUAAUACUAGCUCAUCAUCCCAAACAGAUACCUUACAAUUAACUUCACGCGACUAUUUCAAGAAGGCACUUAAGCGUUCAUUUAAUUCUCCUAGUGAAACAAGUGAAUUACGAAAUUAUCUUAUGUCAUCAGAAGUUGAUUGUGAG